AUGAAUGAACCUGUUAUAAUUGGGCAUGAUGUUGUUAUAGCUAAUAAUGCAAUGGAAUGCUUCAUUUAUCUUGGUGCAUUUGUUAUUUUUCAUGUGGCUGUUAAAAUUCUUCUGUCUAAAUAUGUUAUACGAUUGUAUCAAAACGGAGAUAAAUAUUUAGCAGUUUUUAAAGGUCAUACAUACAAUUCCAUUAAAAAACAUGAGUUCCACUUAGAUGAAUUUAAAAAGUUGAACCCUACUUUAGUUGUGUCUUGGAGUGAUGCAAGAUUUGCUCUUGGAGAAAAACAUGGCAUUAUUCUUGAGAACUACUUCAAGACACCUGAAUAUUUCCACAACCUAUUAAAUAAGAAAAAAGCUAAAGAUUCAGUCAGGGAAAGUGACUGA